CCAUUUAUUUGUAAAGUAACCAGAAAAUAUACAUAUAUUAAAUAAUAUAUUUAUACAAUCCUUUUUAAAAUUAAUUAAGCAACAAGAACCAAUCGCAAUGGCUAGCACAGUGCCCACCGUAAAGCUGAACAGUGGCCAUAAUAUUCCCAUACUAGGUCUUGGAACCUGGGGUAGUCCUCCUGGUCAAGUGGUUGAGGCUGUUAAGACGGCCAUUGAUGUUGGAUAUAGGCACAUUGAUUGCGCCUUUGUCUACCAAAAUGAAGCUGAAGUCGGUGCUGGCAUCGAAGCGAAGAUCAAAGAAGGCGUGGUAAAGCGUGAGGAUCUGUUUAUUACAAGCAAGUUGUGGAACACCUUCCAUCGUCCCGAUGUGGUCAAAGCUGCUUGUCAGAAAACCUUGGAUCUGCUGAAGCUGAAAUAUCUGGAUCUGUACUUGAUCCACUGGCCGAUGGGCUAUAAGGAGGGCUCUGAGCUGUUUCCAGUUGAUGCAAAUGGCAAAACUUUGUACUCGCCGGACGAUUAUGUUGACACCUGGAAGGCCAUGGAGAAGCUGGUUGAGGAGGGUCUAGUUAAAUCGAUUGGCGUAUCCAAUUUCAAUAAAAAGCAAAUCGAACGCGUUUUGGCUGUUGCCAAAAUUCCCCCAGCUACAAAUCAGAUUGAAUGCCAUCCCUACUUGACGCAGAAAAAACUUUCUGAAUUCUGCAAAAAGAAUAACAUUACCAUUACGGCAUACAGCCCACUGGGCAGCCCAAAUCGACCAUGGGCCAAGGAAGGUGAUCCGGUCAUUCUAGAAGAGAAAAAGAUCAAGGAAAUUGCUGCUGCCAAAAAUAAAACACCCGGACAGAUUUUGAUACGCUAUCAGAUUCAACGGAAUCACAUUGUUAUACCCAAGUCGGUGACUAAGGAGCGUAUUGAGUCCAAUUUCAAAGUCUUUGAUUUCGAGCUCACGCCCGAAGAGAUCGAAUUGAUUGAAGGCUUCGAAUGCAAUGGGCGUUUGGUACCGCUGCUUAAUCAACACGGUCAUCCACACCAUCCAUUUGAGAAGGAUGAAUACUAAUCCGGAAUGAGAUGAUGAAUGUCACACUUGGAUACUUUUAAACCCUAUAUAUAUAUAUAUAUAUCUCUAUGUAUACAUAAAUU